UGCAACGGGUCUGUUACUAAUCCACGCAGCCUCGACGGAGAUGUCGUGCUAAAACACUCCACGGCAUUUUAGCGUAGUCUGAGCCGCAGCUUGGUUACCAUGAUUAGUCUUUACCUCCGGUGGAAAAUGGGCCCCGCCUGCAUAUGUGAAAUCGUGCAUAUUCACAGAACGAUACGCACGGGAUUGGUCGCGCAUCAUUGUCCUCGAUCUGUUUGCAUGUGCGUAAGCUGCACCGUACUCAAUACCGUCACAAUGUGGAUCAAGGGCUUGGCAAGAUUUUGUGACUUCGGGCUUGACAUCAGAGACUUGACUGCCGUACUUCACCUGCAGAAAGACGUGUCCGUGAGUGAUUAGGCACCGUCCACCGUCGGCUACUGUGCAGACGAAAGAGUCCAUGCCGGCCGUUGCAUUCCUGUUCCUCUUUCCAACCAUCGCCGGUACGUGUGCAGGUAGAUGGUCGGUCAGGUG